AGUUGAAAGGGGGAGGGAACAGCGAGUCAGAGGGAGUGUAGGAGAAAAGGAUAAGGUUCCAGAGGAGAAAACGAGACCCCUUCAAACGCACAUAACCACUAACAGGCUCACUUCAGGACCCCCUAAUGUUGUACUUUGUGGGAUAGUGGAUUAUUUUCCUGUUUUCCAAGUACUUACCGAACACGUGCAGACAUGAUCAGGUUGCAGCAUGUUGUGGUGGUGUAGGAGGAAACAUGGAGCUCUACAUCAGGAAAGUCACAAAUAAAGCCUGUGUCCAUCCAGUCUACAGCAGGAAAGCAGCAGCCACCCAGGAAGGCCCCACAGCAUGCAGCUGAGCCCUCACUAAGUGGAGCCGGUCCUUUCCUCUUCUCUGGGGCUGCAGAAUGCUCAGUCUUGUCACCCCAUACAGUCUGUUAAAGAUGCACUGGUCCCCUGAGCACGCUGUCCCUUUACCUCAGUGGCCUGAGCAGCACCUAGAUGUCACCUCUACCACCUCACCCCCGUCUGUCUACAAACACGACCCCUACACUAACGCCUCUCGCUGCACAUACACGUCUUCAGGGUAUCCUUGGGCCAGCGAUGACAUAUCUGCACUCACGGCUUCAUCUCUGCUGAAACGUUAUGCUGAAAAGUACUCAGGACUGGAGCUGUCCUACGAACGCCCUGUCACAGGGGGCUAUGCAGAUUCUGGAACUUUCUUAAAGACUGAAACUGAGCCUUGGUCUGUUGGUCAGGGCAUGGAGUGUUAUCCUGGACUGGAGGCACCAAGUGGCACCAAGGUGGGGUCUGGCUCUGUGGGAAUCCCUGCCACGGGAAGUGUAACAGUAGUCAGCAGCAACUUGUCUUCUGAGCCAGGAUAUACAGCCCCUGGCUCCUGCAAUGUCCCACCAACUCAGGAAUACCCUCCUGCGUACAACAGCACCUACCUGUCUUCAGGAUACUGCCCUCAGCCAAGUGCAGCACUUCCACCUGCCCCUCUUCACUCUCUGCAGGUCUCAACCGCCUUAGUGCCAACGUACAGCACCAGCACUCCUGCCUACAACUACCCACCAGGCUGCUACCCUCAAACCAGCCUGUCCUCCGCGUACAACCACCCUAGUGCCUCUUAUCUACCCACUGGAAUCAGUGCUCCUUUGGCCCCAAGGCCAACAGUGGUAGGAGGAAAUUACAGCUACUCAUCCAAUAACCUUGGAGGUAGCGCUGAUGCUGGGGUACCACUGAAACGCAAGGCUUUUGAGAUGACAGAGGGGGAAAGAGAAAACCCAAAAAUGGAGGUGUCACGUUACAGAAAGUAUGGCAGUAGUCAUGGAAACAGCCAGAGCAAAGGUAACGGUCAUGGCAACAGCAGCUCAGCUUCAGACCCAGAGCCCUACAAAUCUGUAAAGCCCCUCAUAUCACCCCCGUAUGGCAGCAUAGGAGACUACAGCCCACCACCCGGCCUGGCAGGUGAGAGUGUGUCAGGGGAACACACCUUUUCUCAACAGCAGAGAAUGUCUAUGAAAUUACCUGUUGCUCACUCUCAAGCUGAGGAUCCUCCUGGUGGACGUUGACAGCUCCGUUUGACCAUGCUCCCCUAAAACAACUGCAGUUCUUUGGCCUAGUGGACUUGGGAACAGCAAUGGAUUUGAAAAGUGUAGUUUACUUGACAAACACUAGAGGGCACCUGACUGGUAUUUCUGUAUCCAUGAUUAACACAUUAACCCCUCUCAUACUUUUCCAAAGAUUCAUGGAGCAUUUUGGCCUCCAGACUGAGUUAAGUCUUAGAAUUCAGGUAUUUUCUUCAUAAAGAUCAGAAAGAAAUUAAGAGUAUAAGUGUGCGUUUCUCUCAGGAUCCUAUUUAUUUCCUUUCUGCUACUGUGGCAGUUGCUCCUGACUUUUUGAUAUUAAUUAUUUGCGGCCAUAAUAUACGUAAGAAGGCCUUUGACUGCAAUAUUCUCUGCCCAGAUGAGAGAAAAAAUCCUAACUGACCAAAAAGUAAAUAGAGCAAUAACUGAAAUGGCAAGACUGCCACGCUGUUUCAGUACAAUCACUGGUACAUGGCUGCAAGGCUUGAUGCAUAACUUUGCCUUGACAGGUGAAGGUGAAUGUUUUCUUCUCUUUUUUUAAUAUUCUUUUCUUUGUUUCAUUCUUGAAUGAUUUCUAUCCCUCUCUGCUCAGGUUUUCCUCUGAUUGUUUUUCUACAUAUCAAGCUGCUUGUUGCAUGGAAGUGUACACAAAGUCAUCCUUUCAGUUCAAAUUCUUCUCAUUGUAAUGUAAAGGAGAGAAAUUAGAUUUUAUCUUUUGUUUUGAAAACUAAAGUUUAGCAUUUACAAAAUGACCUUAUGUGGGUUUAUGCAAAUCAUCUUGUCUUUGCAUCACCACAUCUCCUAAUGUUUCUUUACAUAAAAUCAUGUAACCAGGCUCAGACUAAGCCUUGCCUAAAUGAAAAAUAUACACUUAAGUGAGUGUCUGCUCUGAAACUGAGGUUGUGAGUUCAAAUCUACAGCUGGGUCAUACCAAAAGACUCUAAAAAUGGGACCCAGUGCCUUCCUGCUUGACACUCAGCAGUAAGGGGGUGGAUUUGGUCCCAGAGUGGGAUGGCAGCUCAUCGCUUCCCCCAGUGGAUGGGUCAAAUGCAAAGAAAACAGAACCAGGUGUGUGACAGCUAAUGGGACUUUAUGUUUAAUGAGAUUCAGAGAGAGAGCCUCUACUUAUUGUUCUUGUGUUUGCUUAUCUGCAAUUUUUAGGUAUUCUUUCUUUUACUUUUUCUUCUCAGAAGAGUGAUUUAUAGUCAUUUUAUUAAAUACUCAGGAAGAACAUUGUUACCUCUCAAUGAUAAAAUAUGAAUGUAUUAAAUGACCAUGUAAUGUUGGUAGAGAGCUUUAUGGAGCAAAUUUGGAACCAUGGCUGAAACUUCAGGGAAGCUGUUGACCUCCUAUGGCAUGGAGCAAAGCCGCUCCUGCAAACGUGCUCGGAGAAACGCUAGUUUUGCCGCCAGGCCUCAGAUGAUGAAUGUGAUUCAGUUUAUUUGUUGUUGUUUAUAGACAUUACGUGCAGCAGUGUCCAUCAGUGAUGUUUUUAGAUAUAUGAUAAAUAUUUUUUUCAUGUAAAGAUGUAAUUCUCCUGCAGGUUUUGGUGGGGUAAUGAAUUCCCGUGUAAAGUGUUAGUCUAGUUAGUGCUGGGGAUAAAAACAAAACAAAAACACUCCUGAUGACACAUUUUAUCACCAGAAGAUCACAAAGUUUGUGAAAUGUCUUAAUUCUCUUCCCAUGUCAGUAUUUUUACAUAACUAGUCUGGUAUAUGUGUUACUUCAAUGAGUUCAGACACAAAUGUGGCAAAAGGCCUUCUUUUGACCCAUCAUUGUUUACUAAUGCCAUGUUGUCCGUCCCAUCACAAAACAUGCCCUAACCUUUUUGCUUUUUCUACUUGAACUUUAAGGAGAAGCAAAACCAAACUCUUUACUGGAAGCGAAUGAAGAGAAUGUGGCAUCUAUAAAGAAAAAGUUGCUUAUAUAGAACAGAAGUAUUUUGGAAUAAACUCUUCUGUAGCAAAGCUUUAAGUAUCCCAAAGACGUAACAUUUUUAAGCCAAACCUAUAUUUUUCUGAACUUUUUAGGGCUUGACAACAUGACAGGAACGCUUUUCAAGGCCAAUCAGAAAAAUGAACACAUUCAUUUAAACCCUGCAAGUGAGAUUCUGUGAAGGAUUUUGGAUCAAAUACUAUUUUUGAUGCAAUCUUUGUAGUUGGGUUAAACAUUUGUUGUGUCACACAUUCUCUGUAACCAUUUCUACCUCAUUUUAAAGACCUGAAAUGUGGAAGUAUUUAUUUCCUGUCAUUUUUACAUGCAGCUGAAAGAGCAAUGUCUGCCAUUCUCGGCCUGUAAUAUUCUACCUCACUGUUGUGUCAUUGCAAUUAAUGAAGAUCUACCAAGAAGAAGCAUCUUUGACUUUGUCUUUUUGUUUUAAUAAAAUUGAGAACUGCAACA